ACCCCAGCCAAAUUCACCACACACACCCCACCAUCUCUCUCUCUCUCUCACACACACACACACGCAUAGACACAAAUCUUUUGAUAUCCUCAAGUGAGUGGAAAAUGAAGGCAUCAUACAUUGCAGUAGUGUGCACUCUGCUGGUGCUGCUCCUAGCCAAAACACAAGUAAUAAUGGCAGUAACAUGCAAUCCAACACAGCUGAGCCCUUGUGUGAGUGCAAUCACAUCUGCAAGUCCACCAUCUACACUGUGCUGCAGUAAGAUCAAGGAACAGAAACCCUGCCUCUGCCAGUACCUCAAGAACCCCAACCUCAAAAAAUUUGUCAACUCCCCCAAUGCCAGGAAAGUUGCAAACACUUGUGGAACUCCCUUUCCCAAGUGCUAGAUGACUAAAACAUUCAUGGUGGGACUAUUUCUCUAUCCUAUAUGCAUCAUGCUGCUUUGAUGCAUAAUUGUCAAGGGUGGAGAUUAGAGAGUUUAUUUAUGUUAAAGUUGGUGUGGUCUAUCGUAUAUCGUAAUAUGUUGUUAGUAGCACUAGUUGUGAUGGAAAUAAUGUUGGGGUCGUGUGCACAUGUUCCCACAUUUAGUCUGUUGAGUGGUUUGUCAUAUACUAGUUGUUGCAAGGCCACUAAUGCAUUAUCAAAAUCAAUGUUGAACUUGAGCUUUUA